AUGGCCGAAAUAGCUGAAGCAAGCAAUCUCUCGUUCGUCCUCAACAAGCCCUUUGAUGUGAAGUUUGAGCAGAAGCCCAAACCAUCCAUUGAGUCUCCCCACGAUGUCCUCGUCGCCAUAAACUACACCGGCAUUUGCGGUAGCGAUGUCCACUAUUGGGUCGAAGGGCGAAUCGGCUCCUUCGUCGUCGACAGCCCAAUGGUUCUCGGCCAUGAGUCCGCGGGGACAAUCGUCGCCGUCGGCUCUGCAGUAAAGACGCUCAAGGCAGGAGAUCGUGUGGCCAUUGAACCGGGAAAGCCAUGCCGGUACUGCACCCCGUGUCUGGCAGGACACUACAAUCUCUGCGAUGACAUGCGGUUCGCCGCCACGCCUCCUUAUGACGGGACGCUCACCGGAUUCUGGACUUCCCCGGAGGACUUCUGCUAUAAGCUCCCCGAGCACGUAACUUUGCAAGAGGGCGCCCUCGUUGAGCCCCUCGCCGUCGCUGUCCAUAUCGUCAAACAAGCCGAGAUCAAGCCCGGGCACACCGUUGUUGUCAUGGGAGCUGGCCCCGUCGGCCUUCUUUGCUGCGCAGUUGCGAAAGCCUACGGCGCAUCAAAGGUUGUCUCUGUUGAUAUCCAGCCCGCGAGGCUCGAAUUCGCUGCUUCAUUCGCAGCAACGCACACCUUUACCCCCGAGCGCGUGUCCGCCGAGGAGAAUGCCGCGCGGCUCUUGAAGGAGGCGGGCAUCGUAGGCGGCGCCGAUGCGGUCAUCGAUGCAUCUGGUGCAGAGCCAUCUAUUCAGACUUCCAUCCAUGUGGUCCGGAGGGGAGGCGUGUAUGUCCAGGGCGGUAUGGGGAAGCCAGACAUCAACUUCCCCAUUAUGGCGCUAUGCGUCAAGGAGGUCACGGCCAAGGGAAGCUUCCGGUAUAGCAGCGGGGACUACAAGCUCGCGGUCGAAUUCCUGAGCUCGGGCAAGGUGGAUGUGAAGAGGCUGAUCACGGGGACCGUGAAGUUCGAGGAUGCGGAGCAGGCGUUUAAGGAUGUGAGGGCUGGAAAAGGAAUUAAGGUUUUGAUUGCAGGGCCAAAUGAGAAGUCUUGUCGCUGUAUCGGUGGGCAUUGA